AUGGGAACAUCAAAUAAACAAGAAUAUGAAGAUGAGACUCCUCCAAGAGUGAAAUCUAUACCAGGUGCACUACGAGAGUCCCUGUUGAAAAAUGGUGAUGAUUAUUUUCAAAGAAGACCUGCAAGUGACUCGCCCACUGGAAGCAAUGCACAAACUCCGACAGGUAUCGAUACGUCAACACCAUCACCAAUAAAUAGUAAUAUAUUUAUAAAUACAGGUAGUGGGAUAAAUACUGUCGAGACCUCUCCUGUGAUAUCAUGCAAUACUAUUGAAAUGGGAAUAGAAUCUCCGGAUAGAUUACGACCUACAUUAACGAAGAAAAAGAGGACUCCCACAACAUUAGAUAUACCUGGUUUAACAAAAUCUAAGAGUUCCCCCGACGGUUUAAUAUCACGUAAUGAUCAUGGUUCAAAAUUAGUGAUUAUUAUGGUGGGGAUUCCUGCUACUGGAAAAUCAUUUAUAACAAAAAAAGUAUCUAGAUAUUUGAAUUAUUCAAUGUAUCAUUGUAAAGUGUUUAAUGUAGGAAAUACUAGAAGACGGUAUACUAGAGAACAUGGUAUGAAUGAACAAGAUAGUAAUUUUUUUGAUCCAUCCGAUCAAAAAAACAUUAAAUUGAGAGAUCAAUGGGCAUUGGAUACUUUAGAUGAAUUAUUAGAUUAUUUAUUAACUGGAAAUGGAUCCGUAGCCAUAUUUGAUGCUACAAAUACAACAAAGGAAAGACGGAAAACCGUUUAUACCCGCAUACGUCAACGUAAUGAUCAAUUGAAAGUCUUAUUUUUGGAAUCAAUAUGUACUGAUAGACAAAUGAUUGACAAGAAUAUUCAAUUGAAAUUGUGUGGUCCAGAUUAUAAAGGUAAAAAUCGUGAUGAAUCUCUCACUGAUUUUAAACAACGAUUAGAAAAUUAUGAUAUAGUUUAUGAACCUAUGGAUGAUGCUGAAGGCUACCCAUAUAUCAAGAUGAUUAAUGUUGGUACAAAACUCAUAUCACAUCGAAUUAAAGGAUUUUUAGCAUCCUUAACAAUGUAUUAUUUAUUAAAUUUCAAUUUAUCGGAAAGACAAAUAUGGAUCACAAGAAGUGGGGAAUGUGAAGAUAACGUUAAUGGGAAAAUCGGUGGUGAUGCACCUUUAACGGCUCGUGGUGAUAAAUAUGCCCAAGCUCUAACAAAAUUUAUUGAAGAACAAAGAACACUCUUUGAAGAAAGGUUACAUCAAGAACAUACAUCUGCGCCAUCUACCCCAAGCAAAAAUAGUGAAUAUAGUGAUGAAGCUGACGAAGAAGAAGGCGGUCGAUCAUUCUUCAUUUGGACAAGUAUGUUACAACGAUCCAUCGAGACAGGCCAAUACUUUGACGACAAUGAAUACCCAACAAAACAAAUGAAAAUGCUCGAUGAGAUUAAUGCUGGUGAUAUAGAUGGUCUAACAUUCGAACAAUUCCGAACUCAAUAUCCACAAGUUUACGAAGAUCGACAACAUGAUAAAUUGCUAUAUCGAUACCCCGGUUGUGGAGGAGAAUCAUAUAUGGAUGUCAGUAACAGACUUCGUAGUGUCAUCACUGAGAUGGAGCGCCUGGAAGACAAUAUUUUACUGAUUACUCAUCAUGUCGUUGCUAGAAUCCUCCUUGGAUAUUUUAUGAAUUUGAGACUCGAAGUAGUCACCGAUCUGGAUAUCCCAUUACAUUCCGUAUACUGUCUAGAACCCAGACCACAAGGGAUAAGAUGGGCACUUUACGAAUACGACGAAAUUAAGGACUCUUUCAAUAAGGUUCCAAAAUCAGAACUAAACAUCUCAAGAAUUAAAGAGAUAGGACUUGUGCACAAUGAACGUCAUUAUUCACUUGUCCCCACUGCACCUAGUCACCUAAACGUCCCGAAACCUUCCAUAGAUUCAUAG